CGCUUAAACAGCCACUUGGGCUUCGAAAAAGUCAAAACAAAUAAGUUUUUGCAACUUUCAACUUUCACAAAUGAAACAAUGAAAGCCGGAGAAAAAUGCACUUGUAACUCAUUUUCUAAUCAUAACUGCAAUUAGAAAUUCUGGCUCAGCUAAGAACCAAAAAGUCUGAAGUACAAGAACUGCUUACAUAAUCGAUUCAAUUUGCACACACAUUCAUUCAACCCUAAAAGUCUAGGAAAAUGUCUGGUUGCCAAAGUUUGAUCUGCUCUUCGCGACUGCUGCUGUCAAAUAGUCGACUUGUGAUGUGUGGCUGGCAAAGGCACCAGUCAUCCACCCAGCAGGCUGAAGAAGCAACAACUAAACCGCCUCAGAAAAAGAACCAAAUGAUGGCCUGGCAGGUGCACAGCUUUGGCGGAAUCGACCAGCUUGGAUUGACCGACUCGGAGCGAAUCCCAAAACUGCUCCAACCAAACGACAUCCUCGUCCGAGUCAACUGCACCUCUGUCAACCCUAUUGACUUGGCCAUGAUUAGUGGUUACGGCAGUUCUCUUCUCAAUCUGGCCAAACAGGCGGAAGACCGCGUUUGCAGAAAUGCGGCGGCCGAGUUGAGUUCUCUCGAGUUUCCCGUCACCCCAGGAAGGGACUUUGUGGGCGAGGUAGUUGAGUGUGGUGCUCAGGUGCGACACCUGAGGAUUGGUGAUGUCGUGUGGGGGGUGAUCCCACCCUACAGAAGGGGCGCCCACGCACAGUUUGUCCAGGCAUCUGCCGAUCACGUGUUGCGGAAACCAGAGAAUGUUGACGACGUUUCAGCGGCCUGCGUUCCUUAUGCUGGUCUCACAGCCUGGUCUGCACUUUGGGCGCCGUUUUCAGAGUAUGUUUGGCCAAGGACAAAAGUGCUGGUGCUCGGCGGCUCUGGCGGAGUCGGCUCACUGGCAGUCCAGAUGCUCAAGGCAUUCGGAAGCAGGGUGGUGACAACUUGCAAAACGGACGCUGUCCCUACAUUGGAAAGUUUUGGUCUGGAGGCUGUGAUUGACUACACAAGUCCUGAUUACUCGCGGGACAUCAAAAUGUGUGGCCCUUACGACUUAAUUCUGAACGCUGCAGGCCUGUCUGGGACACCCCACAUUGACAAUAUCAAAGAGUGGCGCCUGGCGCGCUACGUCACCCUGUCGCCUCCUCUGCUGAGGAAUUCAGACGAGUUUGGCGUCCCCGUGGGCACCGUAAAGAGCGUCCUUGACGCAUCCAUGCAAAAUUUGCAGUCUCUGAGGUCAAAAGGGGCGCUCGUCCAGUGGGGUUUCUUUGCCCCGUCACAGAAGGGGUUGCAGCAGCUCGGCAAACUAGUCGCCGACGGCAAAGUCAAGCCGGUGGUUCACAAGAAAUUCAAGUUUUCUGAAUUGCCAGAGGCUUUCAAGUGUCAACAGGAGGGACACUUGAGAGGCAAAAUUGUGGUUGUGAUGGACGUUUAAGACUUACGUAAAUUAUUACAAAAAAAAAUUAUGUAUAAAUUAGAAUUACUAUUAUUAAAAUAUAAUAAUUUAACUUAAAUAAUUUUGAAUAUUAAUUAUGUUAAUUAGAGCAGAAUUUGUAUGUUCCUGUUUUAGUCACAUUAUAGA